UGGAACCGCCAUUACUGUUAGUUGCCAUAAACAGCAUUUUCUUCAGGUCGGAUCUGUUCUGUUGGUUGGAGCGGAUUCGGAUUUGGAUGCGUGCCGUUUGGUAUCAGAACAACAGAGUAGAUUUUCUGGCGAGGAUAUUUUGAAUUUAAUUCAAAAUUUCAAAACUUUCAAUAGUUGUGUUUAGUUUGUUUUGUUUUUGCACAGUCUAACAAUAGUGAAAUCAUGGAUGAUGACUCUGCUGAGUUUGAUGUAAUCGAUGGGGUACGUCUAGUUAAAUUAAAGCCUAAGCCUAAAAAGAAUAAAUUAGUUGCUCAUGAUAACACUAAUAUUCAUAUAGAGGAAAUUGAUGGAGUUCCAGUUGUUAGGGUAGAACAAAAGUUCCUUAAAGACAGACGGCCGAUUUGGUCUGAUAUGGAAAUCAGAGAACUAAUUUCCAUAAUGAAAGAGAAGGAAAUAAUGCCUUUACUGAGUGGAAGGCAAUAUAGGAGGUCAGAUGUUUUUAAAAUAGUUGCAGAUAAUAUGAAUAAAAGAGGCUAUAAAAGGACCACAGAACAAGUCAGCAUUAAGUGGAAACACCUUAGAUUGUGCUACUUUAGAUCAAAAUCUAAGUACCAAACUGAUGAUGAAAGAAAAUUGGAAUUUCCGUUUUACGAAGAAAUAGAUGAAUUGUUUGGUGGGAGAAAGCCUGCAGACAGUUUUAUAUCAAUUGAACAAUUCAAUGAACUGCUCAAUAGAAGACAGAUGCAAAACAUAGAAAUCGAUGGAUCUAAAUUCUUUGAAUCAAACAAUGUUCCUGCUAAUCCUGCUGUCAAAGUACCCACUCGAGAGGAAAUUGAGCAAGCGCGAGAGUCUUCCAUUACGAGUGCGUUGGAGAGUUUCACUCGCAAUUGGCAGACCAUGGUCCUACGUGUUGCGGAGCAGGAGGCGGAGCAAAACAAGAUUGAGAAAGAAAAGGAGUUGCUGGAACAGCGAGAAUGGGAAGAGAAAUUGAUCGAGAAACAGUGUGCAGCCAUGACACGGACUAACCAAGAAUUCCUAGUGGGUCUAAAAGACAUUUUUCAAGGUCUUAUAAAACAGUAGAUAGUUAAGCAAGAUUUGUGGACUCCAGUAGUGAGGUGGAGUGAAUUCACACUGUUUAAAAGUGUACAGUACAGUAAUAAUUUCCAAGAACUACGUUCGUUUUGUAAACUAUAGUUUUAAACUUAUUAAAAUUGUAAAUAACUAUUCAA